ACAUUGUCUAUUCAAAUGGUGUUUGCUCUUGUGUGUUUGAAUGCAGAUAAAUUUAAUGUCACUCAUCACACAUACACGGAGUAUUGUUGUUCAUAUAGUAAUGUAUUUGUUAACAAGAGUUUGACUACAAUAUAGACAUGCUUUAAAUAUUUUACACCGAUAUAUGUGUAUAUCAAUGUGGUAAUUUCAAUCUACUGAACAAAUGGGAUAUUUGACAACAGUUCAAAUGACCCAAGUUAAAAUGCAAUCAGUCUGUUUUAUCGACUACUUGUAUGCGUGGUAGGAUAUUUACUUAUCCCUUUACUUACUAGGAGAUAUAAGGUUAUGGUAGAUAUGAACUUGAAUCGCCGUCACCCAACCGUCCAUUGAUCUAUUUGCAGGUCCUACAUAGGCGAGCAGAUAAGUUUACACAAAUGUCGUCUGCUAGUGGAUCACGUGACUCUUCGGGCACGGCGCCAAAAAUUGUGCCAUUAGGAUAUUCGGCCCGGGUGCUAUACACGUUCCUUCCACAUGAGAACGAACAGACGGAAAUAUUCGUCUCUGAAGGUGAAACUGUUCGUCUGGAAUAUAGGGUGGACACAUGGGUGUUCGUAACGUCAGCUGAGGGAGAAUCUGGAUAUAUCCCUGCUGACAUUUGUGUUCCUUUAACAGGUGAAAAUAGCUGUUCCACUGAAGGUGGUACGUCAGAAUUGCUCACAACAGGGGAGGCAUUGAACUCUAUUGGCAAGCAUGUUACCAUAAAGGACACACUGAUUGGUGUUUCACAAACACCAGAAGACAAACCGGAUGUGUAUUCGGUAGAGGAUAAAAUAUCGGAUGAUUCAUCUUUAGGAUUAAUAGAACACGGGGGUAACAUUCAUACAAAAUUCAGUGAGUUGAAUAAAGUUCCCAAGGAGAUAUAUAUUCCGCUGGAAUCUUUUAAGCGGCCAAGCAGUGUAACUUUCCCAGUCCCUAGCGUUGAAGCCGAAAGUGUGAACGGGGGUACGGUAAUAGCGACCUGUGAUAUAUGUGGACGAUACAUCAAUCGACUUCCCUCACAAGUUCAGGGUUUGUCAAAUUCUAACGGAGGUAAAGCCGAUUUACAAUCACGUAAGCUACUUAACGCAACACCGUCAUAUACAAUACAGGAAUUACUAUCGAAGUUAAGCACAGAUCCUUCUGUCAGCCGUGACAAAGCUUAUCGUAACGAUAUUAACCAUAUUGAGUUGUCAAAAAAAUAUGAUCCAGCCGAAAAUAUACUUAAAAAUCUCCGUGCAAAUUGUGAACAGUGCAAUGCUCUAAAACAGUAUUUAAAACUUCAAGGUGAAAAUUCAAUGUCAACCGUUUAUACAAAUAAUCGGGAUCUGAAACUGGACACAGUGAGUGAUUCGGAUUCCGAAGAAAGUGUUGAACGAAAAGAUGAUAUAGCUUCGCGUGAAACCCUUAAAGGGGCUGGGGAACAUAUGGAAAAUGAACGCGAGGAACAAUGUGAUAGACAGGUUAAUAGUGAUGACGAUGAUUGUCCGCCUCCACUACCAAGCUCCUCUCCCCCGCCUCUGAUAGAUCUAACGUCAGGGGGAAAGGACUCGGACAUGGAGAGCCCGGACAAGGUCGAGUCGGUGAUCGUACAGGAAAAGCCGUCUGGGGUCAUUAACAGGGCGCCAGGGACGAGAACGCUUCCUACCGUGCCUAAAUAUGACAGUAAGAUGGCAUGGAACGACAAAACGCUGACAACUCCCUAUAACCACGUGUUCAACGAUGAUCAAACAUUCUUUGAUCCUCUUCUUCAGCCGGAUAUGGGAAAUCCGGAUGAGGAUUUCAUGAGACAGGGUAGUAGAACUACCAGUGGAUUUGCUAGUUCAGAAGGCAGUGUAGAAAGCUCGGAACCUGAUAAAUUUCUCGGAGCUGACGGAAAGUUGUAUGAUAGUGAAAGUGAUUUGUGUGUAAAGCGAGUAUCCGAAAGUUCUUACCCAUCGUCUGAUGAAGGGGUCAGGUCCCAUAGCGGUUUGAGUGACCUUGCAUCUCCGACUGCAUUAUCUCCCGAUGGGAACGGUGUUGACCUUUUAGGCGGGUUUAGUAAUUCGUCCAUGAAUGAUCAAGACUUAUUAAUUCCUUCUGUGAAUCUGUCGUCUGGCGAUUUGUUAGACCGGACGCUUCAAACCAACUCAUCAGUGGACGUAAGUGAUAUUUCAGCAAGCAGGAAUUUGAAGAGUAGUAAUGAUGCUGUAUCAAAACCGUCUGAAUCCGACAGAAGCAACAAUGGUGCUAAGUCCGAAAACUCUCACAGCAGCAAAACAUUACCGGCCACACCAAAGCAUUUCGACUUCAGGGCAAACCUUAUGGUGUUGGGAAAUCGACCAAAGAUACAAACAUUGCCAAAUAAACUUAUGGUGUCGCCAGCUCUUCGGACGCGUCAACACACUACCACAGCUAUGGUCAGUUCUGUUAACAACAACAAGCGUGAAGAGGAGCCUAGAACAAAAAUUCGUCCUUCUAUCAUCACUAUCGCCCCACCAAUGGGCGACAAGAUGGUAGUUGCAAGACGUCAGCAGCCUGUCACACCGGCCAGAACCAAUGCAGAUCGACAAGAUGAAAAAGACAUCAAAAAGACUCUUCACGAACACUCUAUGUCUCCCAGACGAACUAGUCAAAUGCCUAUGCGCGCGCAUCACUCUAUUCAUGCCGAAGCUGGCAAAGAUUCUCGCAUGGCAGGGAAACCAAAUGGAAGGACUAUUCUUGUGAAAAAACGCACAAAUCAAAUAUGGCGCCCUCCAACUGGAUCGCCGGAAGGAAGUGAAACGCCUAGACCCUUUUCCCCAUUUGGAGGGACACUGCCGCCCUCAAAAAUUGGGUCAAAGAAGAAAGUCGUGGAAGUGUUUGUGUAAAUUCAUGGAAAAUUAUCUUCGCGUUAUAUGUAUGAUUCAGAACGAGGCUAACAUGUUGAAAGGAAAGUGAAGCCUGCCAGUGUUGGAUUACAAUAUUGUCAUUAUUUAAUUGAAGAGUAUAAAAUGUGCUGUUUCCAGAGUACAUAAACUAUUUUAUGACUUCGACAUAUUUAAAUACCGCGUAGCUGCGUAGCAUCCUGUUUGAUAACGAUGUUCAAUUUGCUAAAUACGGUGCACAUGUUAAUUAGAAUCACGAUUGUUAUUACAAAAUUAUAAACCUAUGUAUACUUAAUUAUUGAAUUUGAUUUUAAAUGUUUCAUUAGUCCAGCAUCAUUGUUGAUAUCCAUGCUAUUUUAUGGUUUUUACUAGGUUUGUAUUGUUCACAAAUUUAAAUUGAUACAUAAUUUCACUCUAGUAGACAGUAAAUAGAAUAUAAAUAAUCAGUCUACUAGUUUAGCUUUCUUAAAAUAACCUUAAAUUCAAAUAUGUAAAUAAAGUGUUAAUAGUACAAUGCAUUACAAUUGCAUUAUAUUAUGCCUACAAGAGCUUUAAAAGAAAAAAUCAUAAUUUAUGGUAUAAAACAUAUCAGAAAAUAAUUUCUUAUAAUGGUCGAAUUUUAUCUUGAACUUCAGAAAAUGUGUAUUAUUAAUGAAUUAAUGAAAAAAAAAUGUAUAAAUUGCACGACUAAAACCCAUUUCCUCAUACACUUUUAAUCAAAUAUUAUUUACAAUACCUAAUAAAAAUACGGAAUUAAACCUAUUGUAAGUCGUUUUCUGAUAUUUAGUCAAUAUAUUAUACUAAAGGACAUAGGUUGUUAUAUACAAAGCGCAUAAUUACACUUUUUGUCAGAAAAGUAUUUACAUUAGGCGUAAUGAACUACAAUUUGAAUUACCGAAUAUUGAAAUACUAUAUCAUAUUACUGUGAUAGUGAAUUUAUCCAAAUUUCUUGUUAAAUCUGGACCAAAUUUGCACAUUUUGACUGUGAUAAAAUGACUAAGGCCAAACGAUAAAAAUGCAUGUUUCAAUAUUGUUAAGGCCAAGUAUACUUAAUUGAAAAUCCUGCAGCUAAUUAAGAUUAGUGUUACAUUUUGAAUUUGUUAUAUUCAAAUAGUUAUAUAUUUAUUUGUACAUACAUAUAUAUUUAUUUGAAAAUGGCUAUAUAGCUUGUGUCAAGAUGUGAUGAUAUUAUUAUACCCCGAUCUGGGGCAAUAAACCAAAUCAUUUCGAACAUU